AUACAGAAUUGGAACAAGAUCUAUUGAUUGAGCUUUGGAUGGCGGAAGGUUUUGUUCAACCAUAUCGCCAAAACCAAAGGCUGAUGGAGGAAAUAGGGGGUGAUUAUUUUAUGAUUUUGUUACAAAAUUCCUUAUUGGAAAAAGUAGAAGAAUCGUGGCGGGGAACAUAUUAUUAUAAAAUGCACGAUCUCGUGCAUGAUUUUGCAAAAUCAAUUCUCAAUCCAGAAAGCAGCAAUCAGAAUCGCUACCUUGCAUUGGGCUCUUUUGAAGGUUUGGCAGAAAAUACCACAAGGACAAUACCAGCAUCAAUUCGCACAUUAUUUCUCCAUCUAGAGGGUGGCGUAUCUACUGACAUGCUUUUAAGAUUCAAGUGCUUGCAUGUUCUCAGAUUGUCUGGCGAUGAUGUCGAGUCUCUACCGAGCUCCAUUGGCAAACUACUACAUUUGCGGUUGCUCGACAUUUCAUCUUCUGGAAUCAGAAGUUUGCCAGAAUCUCUUUGCAAGCUAUAUAAUUUGCAGACACUAACGAUUAAUGAUUAUGCACUUGAAGGAAGUUUUCCAAAACGGAUGAGCGAUUUGAUUAGCUUGCGACAUCUAAACUACAAUCAUUAUAAUGUAGAAUUAAAAAUGCCGGUGCAGAUGGGACUAUUGACUUGUCUUCAAACUCUGAAGUUUUUUAAUGUAAGUCAAAAAAGGGGAUGUGGUAUCGAAGAGCUUGGGACCUUGAAAUAUCUGAAAGGAUCGUUGAGUAUAAGAAAUCUUGGACUAGUGAAGGGCAAAGAAGCAGCUAAACAAGCAAAAUUGUUCGAAAAGCCAGAUCUGUCCGACUUGGUGUUUAAAUGGGAGAGUGGGGAUCGGGAAAGCGAUAAUCGUGAGGAGGAUGUGUUGGAAGGUCUCCAACCUCACCCAAAUUUGCAAGGGUUGGAAAUUCAUUCUUUUAUGGGUAAUAAAUUUCCACAAUGGCUUAUCAAUUUGUCAAAAUUGGAGACAUUGCGGAUAGAAGACUGCGAGAGAUGCAGUGAACUCCCUCAUUAGGACAACUACCAUCCCUCAAACGUCUCUCUUUGAUAAGAUUGGACAACAUUCGAUUUAUUGGAGAUGAAUUCUACGGUAUUACUGCUAAUGGGGAGGAGGAGGAGGAGGGCAGAUCACGAGCAUCAGGAAGCAGCGCUAGAAGGCGAAAAUUCUUUCCUGCCCUUGAACAACUCUAUGUACGAGAUAUGAAGGAAUUUGGUAGACUGGAAAGGUGCAGACCAAGUGAGGUCAACAGUAGGUGAAGCAGAAGCAGAUGUCUUUCCCCUGCUGAGGAAUUUUUACAUUCAAGAUUGCCCACAACUGACCACUCUUCCAUGCUCGUCUAAAAGUCUACACGUGGAGAAUUGCAAUAAUCUAACAAGUAUAAAAACGGGUUACGGCACUGCUUCUGUUGAGGAUUUGAGGAUCGACUCUUGCGACAAUCUUAGGGAGCUGCCAGAUCUGGAUCUGUUUGGAUCGAGUUUGCAGCGAUUGACCAUCUCAUUUUGCCCAAGAUUAAUUAGUCUAGGAGUAAAUGGACAGAAAUGCCCCCUACCAUGCCUUGAGCGAUUGAGUAUUUGGAGUUGCAAUGGGUUGACCACUAUAUCCGACAAAAUGUUCCAGUCAUGCCGGUCUCUGCGGUCUCUGCAGGCAGAGAGGGUGAACAAAAAAGCAUUCAUGGUGCUCAAACAUCAGCUUCAUGGUGUUUCCCAUCGUUGUUGAAGAAGAAGAAGAGGUCAGGAGGCCAUGUCCUCGCUUAAAGGUAGGGAUAAUACAUUAGAGAAGAUUUGAGGAGGCUUUCAGAUGAUUCCUCUGUUCCAGCUGAUCCCGACCUAACCUGAAAAAUGCAACAGACACGAAAGAGGCACAAAUCCCUCCGGAGCUUAUCACUCGAUGUGUAGCUACUCUGCUCAUGAUUCAGCUGCUUUUUGGGUGUACAUCUCUAAGAUCCUUUAUUCCCAUCUUGUCUCUUUCUUUGCUUCAUAGAGGGCCCACUUGUGAUGAUGUUUAUAUUAGAAGUUUGAUCACUUGGACGAUUCCCUUCCCCUUUUCCUGUUAAAACUACAAGCUGUGCAUAUUUUGGUUUAUAUUUUCCUUAUGGCUUAUUAUCAGUUCAAAGUACUGAAUCUCAGUUUCAAUAAAGUGGAUAUUUAUGGCUAUUAAAUUGUAGCCAUAAUGAAGUUACUGACUCAAUCUAGCAACUAUUCGUAUAAUGGGAUCACUCCCUUGUUUUGCUUUUUUCAAUGAAUUAAGGAGGAGUUGAAACUAAUCUCAAACUUCGUUUAACUGAUAAUGAAGCUCACCCUUCACUUGCUUGCUGCUGUUAGGUUUGCAUCAUAUUUUUGAAAUAUUUUCUUUGUCAACUCCAUUUAUUGGUUAGAAAGUUCUUUCCGCAGUUGUAGGAAUGACACGACUAGAAUAUCAGUUCUCUAUUCGAGAAUUGAACAUCUGUGCGUACAAUGUUUUAAAUGCUCUUCAUUCUACAAUUUGUUGUUUUGUUUUCUUGUGAUGUACACAGUUCGACCUUUUUGCGAAUGUAUACUUAUUGGCUUAAUAUUGCAGUCAUUUAUUGCAAAAAUGUACAGAGAGGCAGUUUCCACUAGCUGAUGUGGCGCAAAUAUUGGAUUCUGCAAUUACAAGCUUGAAGCCUUGCUGCCCACAAAACCUUCCAGUUUAUACUGAAAUACAGAAGUGCAUGGGAAUUGUCAGGAACCAAAUAUUGGCGCUUAUACCUACUUAGCCAAUAAAACUUGGACGUAUUUUUUUUCAUAUCUGCAAUGUAGUAAUUGAUUUGAUUGCCAUCUUAGCUUCUAAGGCUACCAUGACAAAGUUUUCUGUUUGUACCCACCAACAUCAAUGCAAUGAAUUAUCACUUCCAUUAUACUUCGA